CAUUUCCUUGUUCUAAUUCCUCCAUCCCGUUGGGAGCACGAAAUUGCAAAACCUAGCCUCUGCUUAUGUAUGCGUCGCCGGAAUCUACAGAAGAACAGGCAAAACAGAGGGUUAUUCCAAUAUUUAUCGGUGAUAAGAUACACGUUUGAAGAUAGAUAGCGAUAUUCAAUAUGUCAUCGAAUAAGAGCGAAGAGAAAUCUCAGGCCGCGGCGGAGAGAAUUAAGGCGGCGGCGUUGACUGCGGCGAAGGGGCUUAGCCGUGCCCAGGCAGAGCGGGCAGCGGCAGCGGCUGCGCGGAACGUGAAUGCGUACGGGCAGAAGGAGGAGGGGCCCAGCCGAUGGCAGGAGAAGAGGGAGGCGAAGCGGCAGAUGUAUCUUAUGAGCACCGAAAAGGCCGUGAAAUUAGGCGAAAGGAAGGAUCUCAAGCCUUCGAGAUCCGCUUCUGGCGGCGCCGCGCAGUGCCAGAAGUGCUUCCAAAGCGGACACUGGACUUACGAGUGCAAGAAUGAGAGGGUUUAUAUUUCUAGGCCUUCCCGGACGCAACAGCUUAAAAACCCUAAACUGAGGGUCGAUACGCCUGUCGCGUAUGAUUUGGAUUUGGAUGGCGAUGUUCCUGAUGGUGAUGAUAAGGAGGAAAAGGAGAAGAGGAGGAGGAAGAAGAAGAAGAAGAAGAGUGAAAAGAAACGACGUCGUUAUGAUUCAGAUAGUGAGAGUGACAGUGGGAGUGAUGCAUCUUCUGCCACCGGAUCGGAUUCUUCCUCUGAGAGUAGUUCUGGUUCUGAUUCGGAGGAAGAACGGAAGCGGAGGAGGAAGAAGCAGAGGAAGAGAUCAAUACGCAGCCGGAGGAGUUAUAGUUCAUCUUCAGGGUCGGAGUCCGAUGCAGGUUCUGACUCUGAUUCGGAUGAUAAGAGCAGCCGGAGGAAGAAGAGGCGUAGUCGUAGGCGUUGAAUGAGAUCGUGGUCAGGUCCAUGGAGACAAUCAUCAAGAUUCUGCGAUAUGGUGCUUGUUUUUUAUUUGGCAAUGGGUUCCAUUCUCAGUUUGCAGUUCUUGUGUCAAGAACCAAUGUAUUGCAACACCCUCAAAGAAUUUAGCAAUCCAACCAAUUCGGUCUGCCCCUACAAACGCUGACAACUCUUCCUUCUUAGCCCAAAUGUGUGUUUCUUCCAUCUCUAGCACUGGCACUAUCCUGAAGACCCGGCUGGGUCGGUUGUGUUAUUCUAUUUCUUCUGGCGAUGCACUUGCUCCAGGGGAAGAAUGCAUGGCGGGCAUUUUUGUUUGGUGUAACCCAAUUUGUGGCAACCGUUGUGGGAACUAGGGACUCUUCGUAACUUGGUCAAGCGAAGGUUCAGCAUAUCGCAUUCUUCACUAGUGGAUAUUUUUGCUCACUGGUUAUUAAAAAACAACUAUUCGCCCUCACUCUUUAAACUCCAAUUAAUUAUUCUUGACAUAAUUAAUGAUCUAAACCUUUAGUUUGUGGAUUAUUAAAGAAGUUUGCAUGUAGUUUGUGAACUCCUGAAUAUUUAAUUAAACGGCAAUGAUUAGUAUUCGUGAGGACGUGUAACAACAAUAAUCAUGUAUGUUUGGAUUGAUUUCAUUGUUUAAAAUAUGAUGUUUAAUGUAUCUUUAGCUUA